AUGAGUCUACUCAGUUGGAACUGUCGGGGGCUUGGGAACCCCCAGACAGUGAAUGCCUUAAAAAAGGCUAUUAGGAUAGAGAAGCCCGAUUUGGUUUUCUUAAUGGAAACAAAGUCUGAUAAGGAGUGGAUGACUAGUGUUAGGGACAGAUGUGGUUUUAAGGAAAGUUUUGUAGUUCCAAGCUUGGGCGCCAACGGUGGGUUAGCUCUUUUCUGGAAUUCGAAUAAUAAGGUGAAGGUCAGCAGCUCUUCUCAAUCCCAUAUUGAUGCAAAUGUGGAUGGUUCUAGUAUUGGGGGUGCUUGGCAUUUAACGGGAUUUUAUGGAAACCCGGUUACAUCAUUGAGGUUGGAUUCGUGGAGAUUACUCAGCUCUCUUUGUGUCGGGUCUAGUCUUCCUUGGUUGGUGAUUGGAGACUUUAACGAAAUUUGUUGUGCUUCUGAGAAGGAAGGUGGUGCACAAAGACCCAACCAACAAAUGGCUGGGUUCAGGAAUGUUAUUAAUUUCUGUGGGCUGAAAGAAGUGGAGUAUAUUGGGCCCAAGUUUACUUGGAUCUAUCAAAUGAGGAAUGGGUCUCAAAUAAGGGAACGCUUGGAUAGGGCUCUUGUAUCUGUGGAUUGGUCCAUGAAAUUCCCUUCAGCCAAACUCUUUCACCGUUCCUCAUCAGUGUCUGACCACAGCCCUAUUCUCUUACAGCUUACAACCACAAAAAAGAAAAAGAAUGUUAAAAGGAUCUUUAGAUUUGAAUCUAUGUGGUUACAAGACCAAAGGUGCGAAGGGGUGGUUUUGGAUGCUUGGCAAGAAGGUCUGGUCAGUGGGUCGGACUUCCCAAUCCUCAGUUGUUUGGAGUCGUGUAGGCAUAAAUUGGAGGCGUGGAAUGUGGCUGAAUUUGGGCAUGUGGGCAAGGAGAUUUCUCGGCUUCAGUGA